GUUGCUGUUGUUAAAGGGGCGUCCCUUCUGAGAGAGGAAACACUGUGCUGUCAGCCGGUCAUGGGAUUCACCGUGGUUCAACUCCUCCCUUUGUAGACUAAUGCAAAACGUAAUGCACAAUGUUAAGACAGCAACGGUGACUUACUUUCGUAAACUUGACAUGAAAUGACUGCAGGUGAUGUAGGCUAUUUAAAUUACAAAUGUACCGUCCACAGGCUGUUAGGAGGGGAUGGCACAAGCAAUAGAUGCUCUAUGGACCGCACACAUACAGGCUUUCAAUACACCAAUGGUAGCGAAAGAAUAUAUAUAUAUAUAUAUAUAUAUAUAUAUAUAUUGCUAGUUGCUUAUUUUUUCUUUUUGAUUUACAAAUUAUAAACAACAACAAAAAAACAUUGUGAUCUACUGGUUUACAUUUAUUCGACAUAUUCAACCACAUAUAGUUGUAUGCAAAAACUGGGCAACUCCAUAAUGUUAUUGAUUUAUUUUAAAUGAAAAUAAGUUGCUUAAUACAAUCCCUGCCGCAAAUGGACAUUGACAAGGAGACUUCCCUCAAAGGCAAGUGCACUGUUACAUUCUACAUCAACUUCCACAAUAAACAAAUAGUAAUAUUUUUAGUAGCAGCUAUAAGUCUUGAUGUUCCUGAACUGGGAACUUCAGACCACCCUUUUCCUGCAGACUGUGAGGUUUGUUUUAUUCGCCUGUCGCGGUGUACGCCGUCGGGCUAAAGAAACGAACCCUACCGUAACGCGCACGUGAGCCAGCGGCGUCACUGCCAAUCUUAUAAAGCGCACAGGUGUCGGCUGACUGCUGAUGAGUCGAGGGUCACCGUGCGCCACGCUCACCGCGCGAUUCGAAGACGUUCCUCACGGCCAACAUCAUGAGCACCGGGUCGGGAACUCCUUACAUCGGCAGUAAAAUAAGUUUGAUAUCCAAGGCUCAGAUUCGUUAUGAAGGAAUCUUGUCCUCUGUCGACACAGACCGGUCCACGGUCGCUUUAGCCAAAGUCAAAUCCUAUGGGACAGAGGACCGACACACCAACAGACCAGUGCCACCAAAAGAUGAAAUUUAUGAAUAUAUAAUUUUCCGAGGCAGUGACAUCAAGGAUAUCACCGUGUCCGAGCCACCAAAAUCUCACCAUGGACUGCCUCGUGACCCCGCCAUUGUGCAGUCUUCCGUUGGCAACUCCUCUGCAGCGUAUCAUCACCCCCGGUGGAGUCCGUACAGGGACAUGAUGCCCACCUACAACCAGCUGGCCGCAAGUUCUCUGCUCAACCAGCAGUACAACGCAGCGCUGGGCCUGGUACCAGGACUUCAUGGCGUCCCAGCCAGAAGAGCCCCCAUGGUCGAGCAGGCCGUUCAGACCAUGCCGCUGGCCGGCGCCGCCCAGAAAAGGGGAAAGGCCUCGACCCCGCCUCAGAGCAGGCAGCCCGCACGUCCUACCCAGCAGUCUGGCAGAGCUGGUUCCCAGCUUCAGAAGGAGAAUGUACCCACCAGUCGGGCACCAGCUCAGCCAACUGCAGCCAAGGUUCAAAGCCAAGGUACUGAGAACCAGAAGCAGAGGCAAAAACCAGGCAGUCGCAGGUCCAGGAAUCGAAGCAGAGGCCAACUUAUUGUGAAAAACUCAAAGGCCACAACUCUGCAGUUUGACUCCGAUUUUGAUUUUGAAACUGCGAACGCUCAGUUCAAAGAUGACCUUACAAAGGAGGAUAUAGUUGAAAAGGUGGAUUCUGCAGAGGUCCCAGACAUUCAGGGUAUGGACAAUGAGGAGGAGGCAGAGGAAACUCCUACUGACAAAUACUAUGACAAAGCCAAAUGCUUCUUUGACAACAUCUCCUCAGACCUUAAGCCCAGGCGAACCACGUGGGCAGAGGAGAAGAAGUUGAACAUGGAAACAUUUGGAGUUCCCGGCCGCUUCCUGAGAGGCAGAGGAUUCAGAGGCCGAGGGCACCGAGGGCAGAGUACCACUGAGCAGCGACCCCUCCCAAAAGAAUGCUGAUGUUAUCCAGAUCUGAGAGGUUGUCGGCGUCGCCCUCGUCUCCGUACAGCGUCGGUCCUCGAGGGAUUGAUUCAUACCCUGUUCAACAGAAUGACCAGAGCACCGGUGAUGAAUGGUUCAGUUAAGAUCUCUGGCGGUGGAAGCACACAUAUUUUUCUGGGCCUGGGAACGGGCGAAUUUCUGGAUGGAGAGUUUCUAAGAUGUCCUCUUCAAAAGGGAGAAUCCACCGGGGGCAUAUAAAUAGAACAAAGUCCUGUCUUCCUUCCUCGGGGGACUCGAGGAAGAAAAGGUCAUAGAUCAGGACUCAGGAGCCGCUGGACACGCGGAAUGACUGGGACAGACUGAGCCAGAGAGACAGCAGAGUGGGCCGAUAGUGUCUGCGUGCCACUCUGCCUCCCCACAUAAAGACAAACCCAGAUCCUCCGCUCAGGGGGCAGCGAGAGAAAGGGCCCAUUCAGCGCUGGACAAAAGCAGAGAUGUAAGGGGAACGGGACUGGCCCGCACUCCU